UCUGACUCCAAACAUAACUCUCCUUUCUAUUUCUGGCUAGUCUCUUCAAUGUCACACAAGUAAUCAAGUAAUCAAUAUUCCUCUAGAAAUAGCAAAAUCAAUUCACAAUUUUCUUCGAGAAGAGCUUCAAGAAGUAGAUUUGAACACUCAUUACAACCAGAGCUCAAAAUAGAGAGAAAUGAUGGGUUUCCCGAAGAUGGUAACUCCACCGGCGUCGCCGCCGGCGAAAAUAUCCCGACGUCAACGUCGGAUAAUGACGAACGGAGAUGGGUUUCCGGUGUUUCUUCCAAAGGAGGUAAAGAACAUAAAAGAUCCAUUCGCAAGAGCUCUGGCUCAAAGGAUAGUACGGAUUCCUGUUCCUCUUCAGAUGGGAAACUUCAAAGGCUGCGUAAUGAGCAGCUGUAUCAAACCAAUUGUUCAACAACACGACAAAAGUCCCGUUGUUCUUCUGCAUUGUUUCGACAGUUCAUGUCUUGAAUGGAGACGUACUUAUCCUCUGCUUGAACAAGCUUCUCUUGAGACUUGGGCUAUUGAUGUUCUUGGUUGGGGCUUCUCCGAUCUUGAGAAACUUCCACCAUGUGAUGCAGCAUCCAAGCGGCAUCAUCUAUUCGAGCUUUGGAAAACAUAUAUCAAACGACCAAUGAUUUUAGUUGGACCAAGCUUAGGAGCAACAGUAGCAGUUGAUUUCACUGCUACGUACCCUGAAGCAGUUGAUAAAUUGGUUCUCAUUAAUGCCAAUGCGUACUCGGAAGGAACCGGUGCGCUUAAAGACUUACCAAAGUCACUUGCUUACGCUGGGGUUUGUCUGAAAACUCUUGCAGCAUUUCCUUUGGUUAAGUUGUUGAAGUCAUUCCCUCUUCGCCUUUCGGCGAACGUAUUAGCCUUUUCAUCUCCCUUGUCAGAGAACAUAGAUUGGACUAAUAUUGGCCGGUUGCAUUGUCAAAUGCCGUGGUGGGAAGAUGCAAUGGUCGAUUUUAUGAUUAGCGGUGGCUAUAACGUUGCGUCACAUAUCAAACACAUCAACCACAAGACGCUCGUCGUAUGCAGUGAAAAUGAUCAGAUUGUUAGCAACCAACUCUCAGUUAAACUGUUGUGUGAGCUACCAAAUGCGGUUUUCCGGGAAGUACCAGAUUCCGGUCAUCUUCCACAUGUUGAGAACCCUAAACAGUUUGUGAAGCUGAUAUCGGAUUUCGCUAGUGGAAAGAUCAACUGAUUCUGUUUACUGUAACGAUUUUCUUUAAGCUCAUCUUGUGGCUACACAGAGCAGAGUUGUAACGUUAUUUUUUAUGAAACAUAAUACAAAAGUUAGUCUAGUUUGGGCU